AUGUUGAAGUGGAUUCAAGGUGGUAUUAGUGCCGUCACAGGGAUUGCUGAGCCAGAAUAUGGCCAAGAGUACAUUCAUCCAUGUACUGAAAGAGUUAAGGGUAAGCAGCCAUUCCAUGUUACUAGUACGAAGGAUUUCGAGUGGAGGAAUCCAGACUACACGAACGUUGAGACAUCAACUUUUUACUUUACUGAUCUGGAAACUGGAUACACUGGGUUCGCUCAAGUGAUCCAUUCCAACAUCAUUGGAUUGCAUACUACUGCUCAGUUUACUUUCAGGAUUUACCACAAGGAAAAUACAGAUGAUCAAAUUUGGACAUCGGUGAAGUUAGAGAAUUUCAGAAUAGAGGGAACUAAUUUCUACGCUGACAAUCUAUCUAUUGUAAUGAACGAAGAAGGUACCGAAGUGCAAUUCAAGUCUACCGUGGACGAAAACGUCGAAGUGGAUUUCACCAUCCGUAGAGCAGUUGACGGUGUCAAAGUCGGUGAAGAUCCAUCCACUUACUACGGUGACGAUGUUACUCAACCUUGGGGUAGUAUGAGACAUGUUUUCUGGCCAAGAAACCACAUAUCUGGUAAGAUUGCUGCUAAGAAUGAGGAAACUAAUGUCAAGAUCGAUUUACAGUUUUCAGAAGAAAAGAAACAUUAUUCCAUGUUCGUUUUCGCUAUGCAAGGUAUGAAACCACAUCAUGCUGCCAAAUCUUGGACCUUUUUAAACUUCCAAUCAGAGGACUACACUGCCGUGCUUAUGGAAUUCACCACGCCUAAAUCAUACGCCAACACUACGGUAAAUAUCGGGAUUGUAUGUGACACCAAGAACAUUUUAUCCGUGACAGUAGAUAACGAUGCUGAAUAUAUCGACCCUGAAGUCGAUUCUGUCGGAUGGCCUGUACCAAAGGAAAUCUCUGUCUCCUUUAACGGUAUCAAUGCCGACAUCAAAGACGAUGACGUUGAAUCUGCUGAUCCAUUCAACACUAUCGUCAAGGGUAAAUUGGAUAACCUGGUGGAAAGAGUCGACGUCAUGGCUGAGAUUCCAACUUUUGUCAAGAACAUCGUUUCUGGUGUCGCUGGUACCAAACCGUAUAUCUACCAGUUUUUCGACGACUUCGAAUUAACUAUUAAAGACCAGGAAUCGAAAGGUUUCGGGUGGUGCGAAAUUACUUUCAUUUCAGAAUCAUCUGAAGUGGAAGAAUCUGCAUACGAUGAAAACUAG